ACGCUGAUUGGCUGCAGGAGGCGUGGAGGUGACGUCACUGGACGCUUAGCUCUCUCACGGCGGUGACACCGGUUACGGCGAGGAGCAGCAGAUCACGUGAAUACAGCGUCUGCGAGCAGCCGCCGUGACCGCCGCUACCCCAGUCCCCCCGAUAUAUUUAUUUGUUGCCAUCACUCCAGCUCACAUCCCCACUCCUUGAUUUCCAAAAUGAAGAUAAAAGAGGACAUACAUCCAGUGCUGCUUUGCAUCUUGCAUUGCUUUAUGUGGCUUUAUGACGUUAUCAUCUUUGUUCCCUGGUACUUACUUUCUGGAGCAAGGGAGAGGCAACGCCGGGCAAAGCGGGUUAAAGCCAAGCCUCUGAAUGAUGAUCCAAACAGCCCAUUCCGAUCAGUGGACAACUUCCAGAGCCUUGCCUCCUCCCUCUAUCCGGGCUAUGAUACCCUGGACAAGGUCGUCAAGCAUGCAAUGGAACUUUUUAAAAACAAGAGAUGCCUGGGAACCAGAGAGGUUCUGAGUGAGGAGGAUGAAAUCCAGCCUAAUGGAAAGGUCUUUAAAAAGGUAAUACUGGGACGGUACAACUGGAUAUCCUACGAGGAGACCUACAUGUCCGCCUCUCUGUUUGGGAGUGGAUUGGCUGCUCUUGGCCAGAAACCCAGGUCUAAUAUUGCCAUAUUCUGCGAGACACGAGCGGAGUGGAUAAUCUCGGCACAGGCAUGCUUCAUGUACAAUUUCCCACUUGUGACAUUAUAUUCAACACUGGGUGGUCCCGCCAUUGCCCAUGGGCUGGCAGAAACCGAAGUUACCCAUAUAAUCACCAGCAAGGAGCUCCUGCAGUCAAAGCUGAAGAGCAUCCUUCCUCAGGUCCCGCUGCUACGGCACAUCAUCCUAGUAGAUGGCAGCAGCAGCGCACAGCAAGCUGACUACCCCAGUAACAUCACUGUGCACAGUAUGGAGGCUGUGCAGGCUCUGGGGGAAAAGCAGGUAAACAAGCGGUGCCCCCCGCUGCCACAUGAUAUUGCUGUCAUCAUGUACACCAGUGGCUCGACUGGCAUACCCAAAGGAGUGAUGAUCUCUCACAGCAAUAUAAUAGCUGGCAUCACCGGGAUGGCGCAGAGGAUAACAAACUUGGGGGAAACGGACACUUAUAUUGGUUACUUACCCUUGGCCCAUGUGUUGGAGCUGAGUGCGGAAUUGGUUUGCCUGUCUCGUGGCUGUGGCGUGGGCUAUUCCUCACCACAGACACUCUCAGAUCAGUCCACUAAAAUCAAGAGAGGAAGCAAAGGAGAUGCCUCAGAGCUUCAGCCAACCCUGAUGGCCGCUGUCCCUGAAAUCAUGGAUCGCAUUUAUAAGAAUGUUAUGAGCAAAGUAGCCACUAUGAGUCCGGUUCAGAGAGGUCUUUUCUCCCUUGCAUACAACUACAAAAUGAAGCAGAUCUCCAAAGGGGCAAACACUCCGCUGUGUGACAGGUUUGUGUUUUGGAAAGUAAGAAAGUUGCUAGGAGGGAAGAUGCGCGUCCUGCUGUGCGGCGGUGCUCCUCUUUCUGCUGCCACCCAGCGCUUCAUGAACAUCUGCUUCUGCUGUCCAGUAGGGCAGGGGUAUGGCCUUACUGAGACCUGUGGUGCUGGCACCAUCACUGAAAUGUAUGACUACAGUACGGGCAGAGUGGGAGCUCCUUUGGUCUGUUGUGAGAUAAAGCUAAAGAACUGGGAAGAAGGUGGCUACUUUAACUCUGACCAGCCGAGGCCCAGAGGAGAGAUUCUGAUUGGUGGGCCCAAUGUGACCAUGGGGUACUACAAAAAUGAACUGAAGACCAAGGAGGACUUUUUUGUGGAUAACAAUGGUCAACGCUGGUUCUGUACUGGGGAUAUUGGAGAAUUCCACUCGGACGGUUGCUUAAAAAUAAUUGACAGGAAGAAGGACCUGGUGAAGCUCCAAGCAGGAGAAUAUGUAUCACUUGGGAAAGUGGAGGCUGCACUGAAGAAUCUCCCCAUCGUGGACAACAUCUGUGCAUAUGCAAACAGCGACCAGUCAUAUGUGAUUGGCUUUGUUGUGCCAAACCAGAAGGAGUUAUUAAAGCUGGCUGAGAAAAGGGGAACACAAGGAAGCUUUGAGUCUCUGUGCAAUAAUUCCAUAAUGGAGAAGGAAGUGCUUAGAGUAUUGGUAGAAUCUCCUGCUGCAGCCACCCUUGAGAAGUUUGAGGUCCCUGCAAAGCUCCGCCUUGUUGCUGAGCCUUGGACUCCUGAGACAGGAUUGGUGACCGAUGCCUUUAAACUAAAACGCAAGGAGCUGAAAAGUCAUUACCAGGAAGAUAUUGAGAGGAUGUACGGGGGAAAAUAAAGCCCAAGAGCCAUUUUGUUCCCUUUGCUGUUACAGCAACGGUUACUUGUGAACCUGACUGCGGCAGAUAGUAGAGUCAGCCUGCAGCUAGGACCUGGGAUCAAUGGAAAAGCUUGAAUAUGUCCUACACGAGUAUUGUUACUAUACCAGAGAAACAAAUGUUAAAGGAAAAAAAAUACUAGAAUUAAAGUUUUUGUCUGCUGGUAGAACCCAAUAUUUAAAACUAAUAAGAGAUCUGAUUUUCCUCUAGUCAGCCAGGCCGUGCAAUUGGAAUGUAUAGUUUUUUGUAACUCAUGAGUUAAAGCAGCAUAUGACUAUGACAUAUGGAAAUCUACUGGCUUGUUCACACUAUGUAUAGACUUGUUUUAAUACAAUGCACAGAAAUUUAGUCUGGAUUUGUAAACAUUUUAUUUUUUAUUUUAUUUUUUUAUUAUUUUUUUUUAGAUGAAACCAUAUUACAUGCGUUUCUUAGGACAUCCGUGAUUCCCAAUUGCAAUAUUGCUUUUCAUAAUGAUCAGCAUAUGUGUAAUUUUGACUAAAUAGGCUUCUAUUUCACUUGAUCAUAUUGGCAUUGACUGUAUUGUUAAUGAAUUAAGUACCUUUUUUUUUUAAAAAAAAAACAUUUUUAUCAACCAAUAGUGUGUCCUUACACACAGGAAAUACAACCCAUUACUAUAGAAUAUAUUCAAAAUUAUUAAUGCAUUUAAUGUGCAUUUGGAUUUUAAUUAAAUGCAAAUUCAGUGCUCAUC